AUGCCGCCCAAGGUGUCCGCCGUCGCCGCCGGCGAGGCCCACACGCUCGCCCUCACCAGUAACGGGGAGCUGUACUCAUGGGGGCGGGGCACGUUCGGCCGCCUUGGCACCGGUCGCGAGGCGGACGUGCACGUGCCCACCGCUGUCGUGCCCGCCGUCGCUGCUGCUCCUGCUGCGGGGAGGCAGCGGCCCAGGUUCACCGCCGUCGCCGCCGGCGCGUACCACAGCCUCGCGCUCGACGAUGAAGGCUCACUCUGGUCAUGGGGCUACAAUAUCUAUGGUCAGCUUGGCUAUGGGGAAGAGAAUUCCCUUUCUCCAUGUUUGGUCGACGGUUUUCAAGAUUUGGGUUCCCCUGAAACACUGCAGGAUGAAGAACAGAACACUCUUGCAGGGACUCCUUUGAAGUUGUCUUCCGUGAAAGCUGGGGGCAUGAUGUCAUUCGCAAUAGACAGUCUUGGGGCCCUGUGGAUGUGGGGGAAUUGCCCCCAGCAGACUGAUGAUGGGGAGUUUUGUAUAGCAGCUACCUCAGCCCCACUGCCUGUGUGGGAUUUCCAUGGUCACACUGUGGUUAAGGUUGCCUGCGGUAAUGAGCAUGUUGUAGCUGCUGUCAGUGCUGGAGAGACAUAUACAGGAGGUGACCUUGUCUGUUAUUCCUGGGGUAACAACAACCAUGGGCAGUUGGGUCUAGGUGACAAGGAAAGUAGGUCUCGCCCCGUGCUUAUCUCAGAAUUUGGUGAAGGCUCUUCAUGGGAGGUGUAUGAAAUUGCAUGCGGAGCUUGGCACACUGCUGUGCUCACCAAUAAGAAGUCCUUUGAUCAGGAUCUUGAAUCUCGGUGCUGGACAUUUGGCAUUGGUGACAAUGGGCAGCUUGGCCAUGGAACAACUGCCACCACCUGCUCCCCGCAGCCUGUUGACGGCUUGCCCACUGGUUCCUUCCUCAUCUCUCUUGAUUGUGGAUUGUUCCACACGGCAGUGGUCUCCUCCGACGGAGAGGUGUGGUGCUGGGGAAUGGAGAGAGGCCUUGGAUUGUGCCCAGAUGCUAGCUUUUCAGGAAUGGACGCAGGGGAUGCUCUGUACCCCAUAAGGGUUCAGUCUCCUGAGACGAAUGGGUUCAAGUUUCUGGGGCCAGUGCAGGUUGCCUGUGGAGCUGCCCACACUGUUCUUGUUGCCGGUGACGGGUACAGGAUGUGGGCAUGGGGCCGAGGCCGCAGCGGCGUGCUUGGGAGAGACCAGACUACUGACAGUUACACUCCAUGCGUUGUGAUGUGGCCUCCUCUUGAUGAGAACUUCCAAGAGAUUCAUGGGGACCAAGCGCAGGCGUCGACAUCAAGAGCGAAUGAUCGCACUAGCACCGAGCUGGAGCUGAAGUUAUCUGCUGCCUCAGAGGAGCUACAGUUCCUUAGGUCAAAACUGACACUCAUGGAGAGAUAUGCCAACAUACUCCACAUUUCAAUAUUCCGCAAGCCAAUGGACGAACGGACGCUUCCUCGCUCACUUCAAGAGUCUGCAGUCUUUGAUAUCAGGAAGGAAUUUGAGAACAUCUUGGAUUCGUCAGAUACCGAUGAACUCGCUCGCUUGGAGAUGUUUUACGGUAGCAUGCUUUCUGGUGUGAAGGACAAGCUUCUCAAGAGAAAAGUUCAGGUGAUGGUCCAAGAAUGCAUUGUUUCACUCUCUGCAGGGAGGCAAACCCCGCGUGGUCAGUGA